AUGGGCGAGCAGGAGUCGGCGACGGACUACUGCAACCGUGCUCGACGGAUCCUGGCUGAGAUGCGGAUGGCGGGCGCCGAAUACUCUACGGCGUCCUACAUCACCCAUGUACUCAAGGGCCUGCUACGCAGCUACAACCUCAUGAAGCGGAUGACGAUGGUGCCCGGCACACGUGAGUCCCUUAACGAGGACUCUCUCACCUGCUAUAUACUCCAAGAUGAGGCGAUGCAGGAGGUAGAACAGGCCACGGAGCUCCUUCCGCAGGCACGUUAUGCUGCACAAACGAAGCAGAAUCGUCAGCAGGAGCAGCGCGGGAAGCCGGGCGGAGGUGGUAGCGGAGGUGGGCGGUCGACGAAGGACGUCGACGAGAAGCGGUCGACGCGGGACAAGGGCCGUGAAGGUGGUGGUCGACGGUGGGAGUGCUGGAUCUACGGCGACCCCAACCAUCUCUCCUUCGCGUGCCCCGACCGCGACGACAGUGACGAGGACGACUGCAAAGGAGACCGCGGUCGAUCGACGAGUCGUCGCCCCCAUCGAGAUGCGAAGCCGCGUAAGGAGAAGAAGACGUCGAAGAAGACUUCGUCGACGAAGAAAGUCGACAGCUCCAGCGGCAAGGACCGAGGCGACAGGGAGGGGUCGUGCUCGAUCGUCGGCUUGGUGGAGCCGACAGUCUCGCUAGCACCGGAGGCUGGCGAGGACUUCCAGGCGGUGGCGGCAGCUGUGCAGGCCAACCCGAUGGCGGUGCUGCUCGACAGCGGAUGCUCCCAUCCUGAUGAGGACGAAGGCGGUCUUCAUCGACAUGUCGCCGAGUGA